GGACAGUCAAUGAAUGAAGAAAUUUUUUUUCAUUUCAGGCUUAUUUAAUGUGUUUGUGUCUGUUUGUUAAUUCGUUUUCGUUAUUUCGGCUGUUUGAAUUUCAAUAACAUUUUUUAAAAUCGAGUAUUAAAUUUUCAACAUUCAUUUGCUGUUAUAGAGAUUAACAUUCCAAUCGUUUAAAGAAAACAAUGUCUGGAGAUAAAAAAGCCGUGGUCAAAAAUGCCGAUAUGAGCGAAGAAAUGCAAGAUGAUGCAAUCAAUACAGCAUUACAAGCAUUGGAUAAAUACAACAUCGAAAAAGAUAUUGCUGCCUAUAUCAAAAAAGAAUUUGACAAAAAAUACAAUCCAACUUGGCAUUGUAUCGUUGGCCGUAAUUUUGGCAGCUAUGUAACUCAUGAAACUAAACAUUUCGUUUAUUUUUACCUGGGACAAGUGGCAAUUUUAUUAUUCAAAUCUGGCUGAUCACAAUCAUUUAUUUUUGCCGCCAUUAAAAAUAAUCACAUUCAUUGAUUGUAUCCAUAAUUCACUCAGUAUUGACACCAUGUAUCUACAAUGUAAUGAACUUGAUUCAUUAUUUUCUUUUUCUUUCGUUUAAAGUUAUUUGUUUUAUUUAAUGAAAAAUGAGAUUAUAAUGGCUUAAAACCGUAGUGAAUGGAUGUAAUACCACUUAAAAAAUUAUCAUAAUCAACCAAUAUAAAUCCAUUCUUUUCAAUCAUUAAUUUAAAUGUUUGUUGGUCAGGAAAUUUCCUAAUACUUUCGACUAG